AUGUCCACCACGCUUAGCGAAGCCGACGCUCAGCGUCUGAGGGCGAGGAAGCCGGUCCCCAAGAUGCCCCCGGCAUAUUUGCCCAAGGCGGGAUCGCCCCUGACAGUCGACAAGUCCCUAUACGAAAAGGUACAACAGGCACCCCGGGGUCUUAUCGAGGAAUUCACCCUUCCCAUACGGUCCGGCAAGGCAUGGAAAGCCCCCGCAGGCUCAAUCGUGCGGAUCAGCACCCCGGAGGGCGGCCAGGUCGGCGACUUGAACCUCUGGAACGUGCACAACCCACGAGAGCGCUUCUGGGCGUCGCGAACUAAGCAGCUGUAUGCGUCGCACGUGAGCACGCACGACCGGCUAUGGUCGACGCUGCCCUACCUGCGGCCCAUGGCAACCAUUCUGCACGACAGCCUGGCGUGGUACGGCGAAGACGAGCACGGCGGCCGGUGCCACGACCUGCUGGGCACCCGGUGCGACCCGUACAUCGGCACCGUGCUGACAGGCGAUCCGCGAGGGUACGACUUCCACUGCCACUCCAACCUGACUCGGGCCGUAAUGCCUUUCGGACUGACCGAGUUCGACGUUCACGACGUCAUCAACCUGUUUCAGGUCACGGGCUUGGACGAGCAGGGCCGCUACUACAUGAACCCCUGCCCGGCCGACAAGAACGACGCCAUCGAGUUCCUGGCAGAACAGGAUCUCCUGAUGGCUUUGAGCACAUGUCCAGGCGGUGACCUGUCACUCUGGGGCUUUGGUGAAGACAGCGAGAAGGAGAUGGUUAAGUGCUGCCGGCCGCUCAAGGUUCAAGUCUUUCAAAUCGAAGACCGGGAUCUCUUGGAGCGUGAGGGAUGGAAGCCGGCUGAGGUCGCACCAUAUAGAGGCAAUCACGGCAUUGCCAUGCCGCAGGGUGAGCAUGACAAGAAAUUGUGA